GAGCGUGGAAACAUGGCUGCGCUCAGCAAGUCCAUUCCGCACAACUGCUAUGAAAUUGGACAUACCUGGAACCCCUCUUGUACGAUUUCGACACUACAGGUUACAGCGGGAGCCCUGGAGGUGUCCUUUAAAAUAUAUGCACCAUUAUAUCUUGCUGCUGCUGUCCUCCGAAGGCGGAAAAAGGAUUACUACUUGAAAAGACUGCUACCUGAAAUAUUACAAUCAACCUCAUUUCUGACGGCAAAUGGAGGACUAUACAUAGCAUUCUUCUGCAUUCUGAGGAGACUUCUGGGCAGGUUCUACUCGUGGUCUGCAGGAUUCGGAGCAGCACUGCCAGCCUCCUACAUCUCCAUACUCAUGGAACGGAAAAGCAGGAGAGGACUGCUAACAAUAUACAUGGCAAACCUGGCCACAGAGACAAUAUUCCGGAUGGCAGUCACAAGAGGACUUGUUAACCCCAUCAGACAUGGAGAGGUGCUGCUGUUCAGCCUGACUGCCUCCAUCUACAUGUUCUUUUUCCGGUGCAAAGAUGGGUUGCAGGGAUUUGCAUUUUCUGCUCUCAAGUUCAUUGUAGGUAAAGAGGAGAUCCCGACACAUUCUCUUCUGGCAGAGCAUGCAUACACCAGACCCUCAGAGAGGGGUGCCAUUGAACCACUCAGAGAGAGACCUAUGGCCCAGCCUACCUCCCAGAGAACCUCCAUCGCUGCCUUGACCCAGAAACUGCUAGAAUCUGUGUGCAAGCACGGGCCCAGACACAGGUGUUGUAAACACUACCAGGACAACUGCAUCUCAUACUGUGUCAAAGCAUUUAUUCGGAUGUUCAGCGUGGGCUACCUGAUCCAGUGUUGUCUGAAGGUUCCCUCAACGUUUCGACAGGCCUUCACCAAACCCUCACGUUUGCUGUCUCUGCUCUACAACAAAGAGAACUUCCAGCUGGGGGCUUUCCUCGGCUCCUUCGUUAGUAUAUACAAGGGGACCAGCUGUUUCCUGCGGUGGGUGCGUAACCUGGACGAUGAGCUCCACGCCCUUGUUGCUGGGUUCUUGGCUGGCAUCUCCAUGUUCUUCUACAAGAGCACCUCUAUCUCCAUGUACCUGUUCUCCAAACUGGUCGAGACCAUGUACUUCAAAGGCAUUGAGGCUGGGAGGUUCCCUUAUUUCCCACAGGCGGACACCGUGAUCUAUGCUAUCUCUACAGCCAUCUGCUUCCAGGCGGCAGUGAUGGAGGUGCAGAACCUGCGGCCCUCGUAUUGGAAGUUCCUGCUCCGGUUGACCAAGGGCAGAUUUGCAUUGAUGAACAGGAAAGUUCUAGACGUGUUUGGAACAGAGGCAUCGCAGCAAUUCCAAAGCUUUACUCCCAAACUUGACCCCAGUGUAGGUUGAAGUGAAGUUCAUUUCCUGCACAUCUGCCUAUCAUUAGCAACCAGUCGCUCCCUUGUAAAAGAAGAGAAAGAAAUUUUGCUGCAGUAAAUCCCAGUGUAUCAGAGCAAGUACACCUCUGACUGACAUCUGUGUGCAGAGGAGCUGGCUGGUGUAACGUCACUGCUAAAACUGUGAUGAUGGAAGGUUACUCUAGUAACCAUUAUACGCUGUGGUUGUAAGUGCAGAUUGUCUUGAUGGAUAUGGAGUCUUUGAUUUUAAUGACACACUGCAGUGUUGCAUUAAUUCUGAAAUUGGUGAUACAGCAUGUUUGGAUCACACAAAAAACAGAUAUUAAUCUAUUCUCAUGAAUCACUCUGAAACUGACUUAAAAAAUCCUGUACAAAAUUAAUUUAUCAGCUUUGGGUUUACUAUCUGAAAAGCCUUAAAAAUUUCAUACAUCCCAGUUCCAAUGCCCAAACCCCUUCACCCUCAUAAGUGUGAUUUACUGUGCAAAGCUUCAGUAAAGUUAAAUUAUUCAAUUAAA